AUGGAGCAGGUCCUGGCCUUCCUGCUCCCUCUUUUCAUGGGGCUCCUCCAGCAAGGCCGCGGUGGGCUCCUGGAAGUGGAGCCCCGCCAGCCCGUGGUGGCGGUGGCCCUGGGCGGAUCGAGGCAGCUCACCUGCCGCCUGGCCUGCGCGACAAGGGCCGCCUCGGUGCAGUGGCGCGGCCUGGACACCAGCUUGGGUGCAGUGCAGUCGGGCGCCGGCAGCAGCGUCCUAACCGUGCGCAACGCCUCGCUGUCUGCUACGGGGACCCGCGUGUGUGUGGGCUCCUGUGGGAACCUCACCUUCCAGCGGACCGUGCAGCUCCUGGUGUUCGCCUUCCCGAACCAGCUGACUGUCUCCCCAGUGGCCCUGGUGCCUGGGCAGACCCAGGAGUUGGCCUGCACAGCCCACAACGUCACACCUGCCGACCCCGAAGCCCUCUCCUUGUCCCUGCUCCUGGAAGACCAGGAACUGGAGGGGGUGCAGGCCCUUGGCCGGGAGAAAGAGGAGGAGGAGGUGCCCGAGGAGGGUGAGGACCCGCUGUUCCAAGUGACAGAGCGCUGGCGGCUGCCCCCACUGAAGACACCUGCCCCAUCCACCCUCCACUGCCAGGCGACCAUGAGGCUGCCCGGCUUGGAGCUGAGCCACCGCCGGCCCAUUCCAGUUUUGAACAUCCUGACCUCCCAGGAGCCCCCCAUCCUGACCUCCCAGGAGCCCCCCAUCCUGACCUCCCAGGAGGCCACCCUGGAGCAAGACUCCGCCCGCAGCCCCUGGAGUCCUAGCCCCAAGCCUGGAAACAGCUCCAUCAGGCCUUGCCGCCCUGAGAUCCGCCGGUCGCCAGCCCCAGGGGGUCUGGAGCUGCUGUGUGAGGCAGCCUGUGGCCCUGGCACAGCUGUGCAUUGGAUCCAGGCACCCGGCGAGCUGGCAGCUUAUAAGAGGUGGGAAGCCGGGGCCCAGGCUUGGCUGAGCGUGCUGUGGGCUGGCUGCAACCCAGAGGGCUGGUUCCAGUGUCGUCUGGACCCGGGGGGCCAGACAGCCAGUCUGUACCUACUCCCAGAAAUCUGCUCCCCACAAACGUCUGAAGCCCUGUGGAUUGGCAGCUUGGUGCUGGCGCUGCUCCUCCUCAUGUUCCUCACCUAUCACCUGUGGAAACGCUGCCGGCCCACCACCUGA